AGUUAUAGACUAUACACAUUAAACGCUUAAUUUACUGUUUUUUCCCUUCUCUUUUGGACUCUGAUCUAAUUAUAAUUCAGCAGAUGGAGUCUCAGUGUAAAGAGGAACCCGUGCUGCACAUCGUGGUGGUGGGAUUUCACCAUAAGAAGGGCUGUCAGGUAGAAUUCUCAUAUCCUCCCAUUAUUCCUGGGGCGGGUCAUGACAGUAACACACUCCCAGAAGAAUGGAAGUAUCUGCCUUUCCUGGCACUGCCAGAUGGAGCACACAAUCAUCAGGAAGACACUGUCUACUUUCAUUUGCCCCCUCUGGAUGGCCAGCAGAAAUGUGUUUAUGGAGUUUCUUGCUACAGACAGAUGGAGGCUAAGGCACUAAAAGUACGAGAGGCAGAUAUCACAAGAGAGACGGUUCAGAAGAGUGUUUGUGUUCUCAGUCAAUUGCCACUGUUUGGUCUGAUACAGGCUAAACUUCAGCUCAUAACUCACGCUUACUUUGAAGAAAAAGAUUUCUCUCAGAUCUCCAUCCUAAAGGAGCUCUAUGAUCAUAUGAACAGAUCUUUAAGCUGUACAGCGCUGGAGGGAUCACAGAUUUAUCUGGGUCUGUCUGCCCGAGAUUUGAUUCUGCACUUUAAACACAAGGUUUUGAUUCUCUUUAAACUGAUUCUGCUAGAAAAGAAGAUCCUAUUUUAUGUGACUCCAGUGAAGAGAUUGGUUGAAACACUGAUGACCGUCCUGUCAUUGUUUCCAGGUAUAAUAGAGCAUGGACUGGCAGAUUCCUCUCACUAUCAGCCCCGGAGAAGCAUCUCAGAGGACUUCAGUUCACCAGAAAUCAUAUCUGCAGAUGAAGAAUCACUUUCUAUGUCUACUACAGAUAUUACUAACAUAUCAAAAGAGCUUGAGGGCAGGUAUGAUGUCAGUGAUCAGCCGGAUCAAUCAAAGCCUUGUAACACUACUCUGGACACACACUACCUUCAGCCUCAUGCAGGAAGCUUGCUGGACUCAGAGUGCGAAUGGGAGACGCUGGAGCCUCAUGUGAUGGAUGAAAUGGAAGGGAAAGUAGACGUAGCUCAUUCAAAUAUGUUUGACACAGAUUCAGGACUGCCAAUAACAGUACAGCCACAGUCGGCCACAGGACAAGGAAUGUUGACCUCGGGCCUGAUAUCUGGGCUGCAAGAGGACCAGUAUGGACUACCACUCGCUAUCUUUACAAAGGGUUACCUGUGCAUGCCAUACAUGGCACUCCAACAGCACCACCUGCUGUCAGACAUAAGUGUUCGAGGUUUUGUUGCCGGAGCGACCAACAUCCUCUUCCGUCAGCAGCGCCACCUGAGUGAUGCCAUUGUGGAUGUGGAUGAAGCUCGUAUUCAGAUCCAUGACCCAGAGUUGCGCAAAAUGUUGUAUUUAAGCACAGCUGAUCUACGAUUCGCUGAUUAUCUGGUAAAACAUGUCACUGAAAACAAAGAGGAUGUGUUUCUGGAUGGGACGGGCUGGGAGGGUGGAGACGAGUGGAUACGGGCACAGUUUGGCCUAUACAUCCACUCACUGUUAUCUUCUGCUCUACAACAAGAUCAUGAGCGUCUGUUGGCAGAUUAUGGAACUGCAUUCACAUCCGCCUGGAAAAUCACACACAACUACAGAGUGUGGAUCAGCAACAAGCAUCUAGCCAUGGCCAGUAUCACACCAGGCCAUCCAUUCCAGGGUCAGUACAGUGUGGCUGAUGUGAAGAUCCGCUUGUCACAUUCAAUGCAGAACAGUGAGCGUGGGAAGAAGAUCGGGAACGCUGUGAUGUCGACUAGCAGAAGUGUUGUGCAAACAGGAAAGGCUGUCGGUCAGUCAGUAGGUGGAGCUUUGACCGUCGCUAAAUCAGCCAUGUCGUCCUGGUUCUCCAUGCUGGCUCAGCCGACCGCAGCAGUCAGUGCAUCUCCACAGUCUGCAGAUUGACAUCUGCUGUACUAAAUAAUGAAGAAAAUAUGCAGACAUUGCACACAUCUCUGUUGUUAUAUGAAAAUGAAGAAUGUUAGAAAGCAAGAGAGAAUGAAAAAAUGUUAAAUAAAAAGAGUUUUAGAACAGCUAGCUGUAUUUUAGGUUUAGUACUUGUAGUAGUUUCAUGUAAAAAAAAAAAAAAAAAAA